AUGGCUGCUUUGAGAGUUCUUAGCCUGCUUGUUGUAGCACUCGGCCUUCUGUGUGUCGUUCAGAAUGCGAUCGCCGAGACAGCGGACUCUUCUGCCGACGCUCCAUUUCUGCUGGUGUCGAAAUCCGUGAAGGUCAAGAAGAUCAGAGAGAACGAUGAGGACAUUUCCGUGAACAUUAAGAUUUACAACGCCGGUGGAAGCAUCGCGUACGAUGUCUCGUUGGACGACGAGAACUGGCCGUCGGAUUUGUUCGAGGUGGUCGGGAACACCACCCACACCUGGGACUCCCUUGCCAUGGGAACAUCUGUUUCGCACACAUACGUGGUCAAGCCCAAGGAAAAGGGCACUUUUGUUACCCCUCCAGCUACCGUCAAGUUCCGAGUCACAUCUAAGGCUCAGCUUCUGACGGCCAAGUCGACGGGCGUUCCUGAGCUGGAUCUGCUGGCUCCCGUGGAUCAAGCCGCCAAGUACCUCUGGCUCAAGGAUCUAGCCAUUCAGUUUGGUCCUUUGGCGGGAGCCCUCUCCCUCGUGGCUGUCGCAAUCCUCAUUGUCAUCGCACCCGUCACAUCCAAGCGCUCCUCCAAGAAGCGCCGAUAG